AUGUCUGCCGAAAAACCUACCAUCCUCCUUAUCCCCGGCGCCUGGCACGCGGGUAGCACCUACGAGCCCGUCGCGGCCCUCCUCCGCGCACAAGGCUACCCUACCGAGACAUUGACCCUCCUCUCCGCCGGCGGCCCUCCCUCAACAUCCCUCGCCGAGGACGCGGAGCACAUCCGCAAAACCCUGGAGCCCCUCAUCGAGCAGGGCAAGGAAGUCGUCCUGGCUUUGCAUUCGUAUAGCGGUAUCCCCGGCUCGGAAUGCGUUAAGGGUCUCACUCGCAAGGAGCUCGAGGCGCAGGGAAAGAAGGGCGGAAUUGUUUCAAUGGUGUUUGUGGCGGCUUUCCUCCUUCCGGCGGGGCAGUCUAUUGAUUCCUUUUUGCCUGGUGGAGCGAGAGGAAUUCUCCAAGUUGAGGUGAGUGGGUCGGUCUGGCAGGAAUAUAAUCCUUGCACUGCCUUGCUCUUUGCGCCGGGUGAUGCUAAUUGCGUGUCUAUUAUUGUGCAGGAUGAUAAUAAAUGCUACAUGACCAACCCCGCCGAAAGAUUCUAUAAUGAUCUCGACGAGGAGACAAAGAACAAAUACCUCGCUGGAUUGAUGCACCACGCCUGGCCGACCAUGCAGGACCCACUGACCUACGAGGGUUACCGCGAUGUCCCGAGUACAUAUCUUCUCUGCGAGAAGGACGCCGCGAUUCCGUUUGAGGCGCAGAAGUUCAUGGCUUCUUACCCCGGUGAAGGUGUGGUGAAGGUGCACACUUGUGCUGCGGGCCACUCGCCGAUGCUGAGUAUGCCCGAGGUUGUGGCGGAUGUGGUUCAUGGAGCGGCGAGUGCGGUGGCUGUUGCUGCAUAG